CUUCCCCAGAAUGCACAGCGCGUUUCCCCCCCAUCGCCAUUCGCCAGACGGCAUUGUAUUGCUGGAGGAAGGCAUAGACUUCGUAAAUGAAAAAUGGGUUGCGAAGACGAAGUCAUGAGAAUUGCUAAAAGAUUAGAUAAAAUGGCAGCAGGGGGGAGUGAUGGGCAAGGCCCAGCACUGGAUCUCCUGAAAAACUUGCAAGAUCUCCCAAUCACACUCGAAGUGUUGCAGAAAACAAGGAUAGGCAUGACCGUGAACUCGCUGCGGAAGUCCAGCAAUGACGACGACGUCAUAACUCUUGCAAAGAGCCUAAUCAAGAGCUGGAAAAGACUUCUUUCUGGCACACAAGGAUCUAAAGGGGACACCAAUAAUGGAGGUAACGGAAACGGAAGCAACGACUCCUCCGUGUCUGGCACUCCAAAGAACACCUCGCAGCCGAGUGCCUCGUCGAAGGCCGCCCCUGCGCCCAGUAAACAACAGCCCAAGCAGCAGCAGAUGAGCUUCCCUGCUGACACUACCAACGCCGUUCGCCUCAAGUGUCGGGAGCUGCUUGUCGCUGCACUCAAACCUCCAGGGAAUGAUGAGGUCGACACAUAUUGCACUCUGGAGGAGCUGAGUGCAAAGAUUGAAGAGUGUAUCUUUGAGGAGUUCAAGGACACCAACAUGAAGUACAAGAACAGAAUCCGAAGUAGGGUCGCAAACCUGAAGGACUCGAAAAAUCCGAACCUGCGUCUCAACGUGCUCUCGGGUGCCAUAGAACCCGACCACAUUGCUAAGAUGACGGCCGAGGAGAUGGCCAGUGAUGACAUGAAACAGCUGCGUCAGAAGCUCACCAAAGAGGCCAUAAAUGACCACCAGAUGGCAGUGACCGGGGGUACAAAAACAGAUCUUCUCAAGUGUGGCAAAUGCAGGAAAUCCAAUUGUACCUAUAACCAGGUACAAACAAGAAGCGCUGAUGAACCGAUGACAACGUUUGUUUACUGCAAUGAGUGUGGACACCGAUGGAAGUUCUGCUGAACAUUGGUCACAACGUAUGACACAGAAUGAAUUUGGAGAUCAUCGUCGUCAAAUAUGUAAAUAAAUUGUGUCGUUGGCAUUAAUAAGACACUGUCAUAUUUCUCUCACUGCCUGCGUUUUCCCCAGAUGCAAUGUCGUCCAAUCCUGGGCACUGCCGUUAGAGGUGUCAAAGUGUCGGAAUGCUGAAUGUCCAUAAAUGUCUAUAUCAGAAAUAGAAUAUCAAUAAACAUAGCCCCGAUUAUCCAUUUAA